AUGGGCGUAGAAAUCAAGCAGCUCGACCUCUUCGAAAUGCAUCGGGAGGACUGGCUCACCCAGGCCACGAUGGGGCACGUGCCUGGCUACGUUCCCAAGGCAUGCAACCAUGAUGCGGGAGACGACCUGGUGCCUCUGCAAGGGUGCCGGAACAACAAAGUGCGCGUGAAGCUCGACGGCCCCCUCAGGCCGAGCGAUUUCAUCUCGGCGAACGGCGACGGCUCCAUCAACGUAGUUGCGAUGCGUGCUGCUGCCUAUGCGAAUGGAAUGCAGGUGGUGUUCCUUGGCGAGUGGCGCCCUUCCACAUACAAGGAGUCCUACGAGUACGCGGUGAAGUACCGCGCGCUGCAGAUCGUCGAUGAAGCGACGCGCAUGAAUGCUCCUUGGCCGCAGGUCUGGGCGGACAAACUCCAUCCACAUGUUCAAUUCAAUGCGGCGUGCAUGUGGCAUUGGGCGCAGGUCUGCGCCGACGCUGAUGUCCUGCCGCAGAUGGUUUUCAGCACAGCUCAGAGUUCCAUGGGGGCAGGUCCCGCCGAUGGCGCCUACGCCCUCGCAGCAGACGGCUCUAUGGGCCUCGGAUCGUCUGGGAGGUUGGGCGGCCUGGCCAUCGGAGCGCGCGGCUCUCCGAUACCCCGAGCUGAUGAGCCCGAGGAGCCAGAGGUGAAGCAGAAGCCGCCCCCCGCGGCGGAGGAUGCCGCGAGGGGGCCGCCGCCCAUGGGGGCGAUUCCAGAGCCGCCGCCACUGGCGAAGGACGACCGGAGCCUCGAGUUCCACGUCGAGGUGUUCGCGGUCGGCACCGGCAGCGACGGGGCGGAAAAGGAUAGCAAGAGGGAGUUCACGAUGACUCGCACCAACAAGUUCGGCAGGUUGAUGAGUGCGUGGUGCAGGGUCACUGGCGUGUCUGCGGGCGAUGUGGUUUUCCAGCUCGAGGGCCGCGACGGCUGGCUGCAGCCUCACGAGACGCUGGGCGUCUGCGGCUGGCCCGUGGCCCAGAACGUUGUCAGGGUCGACGCCUUCCCCACCGACGCGCACUUUGCACCAGCCCACGCGGUGGCCGACGCCGACAAGGCCACGGCAGCUGCCCUGGCGGCGGCCGCUGGCGGAGACGCCGCGCCGCCGGCGGAGGGGCCUGACCAGCGGUCACAGCAGACGUGCGGGGCUGGACCCGCGGCGGGCGCCGGGGCGGGCAACGCCGCAUGCAGCGGCAUGCACGGGGUUGAGGUGGACGUCGUGUGCAGAAACGUCCCGGUGGUCUGCCUGAACAAGGCCUCCGAUUUCGAAGAGAACGCCGCGUGGAUGAUACAAGCGACGUCCGACGGGACUGGGAGGGCCGACUCCCUGUACGAGUACUGCAACGACUCGGACAUCAUGUCGGCAUGCCGCAAGCUGGGGCUCGGCAAGGACGAGAUAUGCAUUGUGCGGCUCCGGGAACACAAAGAGCUGAGGGCGGUCGGCACCAGCGGGAAGCGCUCCACCAUGCUGGCCUGCGUCAUCGCCCUGUCUCUCGCAGACCCGGACGGGCUCGAGGAUCUGUGGGCGGGGCUUCGAAGCUAG